AUGAGUCUGCAUGGUUGGAGAAAAAAACUUUUUGAGUCCGGUCAAUACAUGAAUAGUUGUAUUUUGAAGGGGAGAAAUUUGAGUUGCCCCAUUUGGGUUAGAGAUGGCCUAAGAGCAUCUCCAGCGCGAAGCCCAGCCCGGGGGAAAGGCUGCCAGAGGCAGCCCGAGACAGCUCCAGCGCAGGGCCCGUAG